GCUGGUAUAUUUGCAACUUGAAGGGGAAGACCCACGUUUGGUGAAAGCUUCACAAACACACUCAUACGUUCCCAAAUCUUCUUUCUCUUCUUCAACAUUUGCCUGUAAACUUAAUUUCCCUAACUUGUCAUGCAUGGUAGCGGCGGGCAAGAAAGCUCAACCUGACCUCUUUUUUAUACAUUUACACACACACACACACAUAUUGAUGCAGUAUCUCUCAAGUCAGUGUUUCGUUUGCCAGUGAACGAGGCAACACCCUCACACAAUUAAGCAUCGAAGGAGAAUUUGUCUCUCCAUGCAAAAAGGGAAGGAAUCCAGCAAAGAGGAGAGGGAGAAGAUGGAGAUGGAAAGGUGUGAAGGGAAAGAGGAAACCCUACCGCCGGGAUUUCGAUUCCAUCCUUCAGAUGAAGAGCUUAUCACUUACUAUCUCAUAAACAAGAUCUCUGAUUCUAGUUUUACAGGAAGAGCAAUUGCUGAUGUAGAUCUAAACAAAUGCGAGCCAUGGGAUCUCCCAGGGAAGGCGAAGAUGGGAGAGAAAGAAUGGUACUUCUUCAGUCUGAGAGAUCGGAAGUACCCGACUGGUGUGAGAACGAAUCGAGCAACCAACACAGGCUACUGGAAAACCACAGGCAAAGACAAGGAGAUCGUCAACACCGCCACAUCGGAGCUCCUCGGCAUGAAGAAAACUUUGGUUUUCUACAAAGGCAGAGCCCCAAGAGGCGAGAAAACCAGCUGGGUCAUGCAUGAAUACCGCAUUCACUCUAAAUCCAACAAGCAAGAUGAAUGGGUGGUCUGCCGAGUGUUCAAGAAGAGUGGGAGCGUGGUAAAGAAGUACCCUUCCAACCAUGCAAGAGGACUGAAUCCUUAUAGCCUGGACAUAGCUGGCCAUGGCGGUCCAAGUAUUAAUAUGCCACCACCAAUGAACAUGAUGAUGCAGCUGGGAGAUCCAGCAGGUCAUUUCCUCUACGGAAGGAAUAACAAUUACACGAUGAAUUCUGUGCCAAGCAAUCCUACUCUGAACCUGCCCAUGCAAUCCCACUUCAACUAUCCUUUGACUGUAUCAUCAGGAGCUUUCAGUAUCUCAUCAUCAUCAUCAGGACUUCAUGCAGUUACAGGUGGAGAAGCACCCACCUCACAACCCUAUUUGCGACCAUUCAGUAACCUGCAGGAUUUGGGGAGUUCUAACAACAUUGUGACACCUGUCAUCAGUACUUCUCUCGCUGCAGACAAUUUAGGAGACUAUGGUGUGGAUAUGAUGAGCAUCGUCAAUCCUCAGACUCAUAGGUAUGUGGGCAUGGCGGAUCACUGUGUGGAUCUCGAUGCUUACUGGCCUUCCUACUAAUAAUAAACCACCAGGAGGAGGAGGAAGAGGAUAGAACGCCGUUAUCUUCUUUUUAGAUUAUUAUUAUUAUGAGAUAUAUAGAAUAUAAUGCAAAGAAUAUAUUUAACUUUAAUUAGUUGGAUCAGCUACCGUCAUGAACGAUCUCCUUACUCUGGUGUUCUGUUUAAGUUUCUUGUGCGGGUAAUUCAAUGUAUCACCCAGCAAGCAAAGUCUUGUAUUCCUUCUGAAUCAAGCAACUUUUUGAAUAAUGUUCUGGUUUAAGGACCUUCAAUUCUUAAUUUUCUGAAUUCAAUGCUACUAUCAAAAUUAUGAUA